ACACUGUGUGUUUAUGGUUCCAAGCUGCUCUCGCACUGCUGCUCCGUACAGGGAAUGUACACAGAGAAACAAAGUCUAGGCAUGCUAGAUGACUGAACUGCAGAGUUUUACUUGUUGUUUAUGAGUCGAGUGGAAAUGAUUUGAGACGGACUUAAUACAGUUGUUGUUUUGAGGAUAAAAAAUGGCUGGGGAUAGGAACAGAUUAUAUUCCAUGCAGACAGCGGAGCCAAACGGGACCAAAGAGAGGGAGUCCUUCAAGUUUGUGCCGGAGGAGAAGAGGGAUGUUUCCAAGGACGUUAGAGAGGAGCGAUCAGAGCCUUCCUGCAGUCUCAGUGUCAGCAAAGUCUCCUACACGGUCAGUGAGCGGGUGGGUCCAUGGUGGGACUUACCCUCCUACAGGAAGCACUGGACUCGUCAGAUCCUGAAUAAUGUCUCCUUCCAUGUAGACAGUGGGCAGAUCAUGGGCAUACUGGGAAAUUCAGGCUCAGGUAAGACCACGUUGUUGGAUGCCGUCUCAGGGAGGAUUGGAAAUGUUGGCACAUUGUUGGGUGAGGUCUUCAUUAACGGCAGGAAGAUGAAGAGAGAAGAGUAUCAGGACUGCUUCUCCUAUGUGCUGCAGAGUGAUAACUUGUUGAGUUAUCUGACAGUGGAGGAGACUCUGACCUACACAGCUCAGCUGGCCCUGCGGAAACACUCAGCCAAAGCCAUCAAGAAGAAGGUGUCAGCGGUGAUGGCUGAGCUGAGUCUGAGCCAUGUGGCCCACAGUGUCAUCGGAGGACGAGUUUUCCCAGGGAUCUCUGGGGGUGAGAGGAGGAGAGUUUCCAUCGCCAGCCAGCUACUUCAGGACCCGAGGGUGAUCCUAUUGGACGAGCCGACCACCGGCCUGGACAGCAUGACCGCCAAUCAGAUCGUGGUCCUGCUGGCAGAGCUGGCUAGGAGGAAUCGUAUCGUCAUAGUAACCAUCCACCAACCACGCUCUGAACUCUUCAGGGUGUUUAGCAGGAUAGCCAUAAUGAGUCGUGGAGAGCUGGUGUUCUGUGGGCAGCCAGAAGAGAUGGUUGAUUUCUUCAGCCAUUGUGGAUAUGAGUGUCCAGAGUACUGCAACCCCUUUGACAUCUAUGUUGACUUCACCUCAGUGGACACACGCAACAGUGAAAGGGAGGCAGCCACCUUCAAUCGCAUGCAUGAGAUCACUUCAUCGUAUCAGAAAUCUGACAUCUACCAGGGCAUGCUGAAAAAAAUGGAGCAAAGCCUGCAAGUGGUGGACAAGCCAGCCAUCCCCUUUAAGAGCAAAGAGUCACCCAGUGGUGCAGCCAAACUGGAAGUUCUGCUAAGGCGAACAGCAAGAAACCUGUCCAGAGACAGGAUGGGUGUUCUGAUGCGUCUGUCCCAGAACUUAAUCUACGGCCUCUUUGUGGCCUUCUUCGUGACACGUUUAGAUGAAGACGUCAGCAAGGGUGCUGUGCAGGACCGCAUUGGCAUCAUCUAUCAGAGCGUUGGAGCUUCGCCCUACACUGGCAUGCUGAACGCUGUAGCUCUGUUCCCAGCGUUGCGAGCCAUCAGUGAUCAGGAGAGUCAGGAUGGCCUGUACACUAAAUGGCAAAUGUUCUUGGCUUACAUCUUCCACAUCCUGCCCUUCAGCAUCCUCAGUGUUGUCAUUUUCUCCUCCUUCCUUUACUGGACGGUAGGGAUGCACCCUGACACUUUGCGUUUCCUGUGUUUCACUGCCGUAGUCCUGGUGCCACAUAUUGUAGGUGAAAUGCUGACUGUGGUGCUAAUGGGAGUGGUCCAUGACCCUAACAUGGUCAACACUGGAGUGGCUCUUCUCAAUAUUGCAGGGAUUUUGGUUGGAUCUGGCUUCCUAAGGAGCACCCUGCAGAUGCCUGUUGUCUUUCAGUGGCUCAGCUACCUGACCUUCCAGAAGUACAGCUGUGAGCUCCUUAUAGUCACUGAGUUCCAUGGACUCAACUUCACAUGCAAUAGUCUCAACCCUUUACCAGGAGUUUGUCUCAUCACUAAAGGUGAUCAGAUCAUUGAUGAAGGCUAUCCAGGUGCUCUGUCCCGAUACACACAAGACUUUGUUCUCCUCUACUCCUUCCUCCCUGCACUGCUGCUGCUCGGCAUGGUCAGCUUCAAGAUCAGAGACAUGCUCGUGCGUCACUAAAAAUCUGAGAAAAACAUGUGGGAGAUGGUAUCAUUUUAAAGCUGGAGACUAAACCAGGGUUUUGUUCUGCACAUCUUAACAAGAUUUAAAGUACAGUUUUACAGUAUGAUGUUAUUCAGAGCAGACGAGGUAUACUAAAUCUCUGUGACUGUGCUGGACAGGAUCUUCAACAUUCAAACAUUAUUUUGUCUCAGCACUUACCUGAAAGUGUCAUAGAAUUAUUUUAAUAAUUUAAAUAAGUGCUGCAAGAACAAAGGGCUGCUGUUGGAGAGUUCCUUAAAAAAAUCACCCCACCGGGUGGGCGUUGUGCAUACAGCAGUGUUAAACCAUUGACUGGGAUUCAGUUAUGCACAUUAAUCCAUCAGGUUAGUAGCUGUAGUAAAAAAAAAACGUGUAAAUGAACUUACUGCUGAUUUGACAAUAACAGUUACAGGCAGCACAAAUUGAUCUUGAGGUCCUGAAUAUCUUAAGUAUUCAAGUUUCUGCUUGGAUUUAAUAUUUGCACUAGUGUCACUGUCAAAGUAAUUACUUGUAUAUAAAAGUCUACACAGAGUGGAAGAUGUAAAAUGGAAAUCGCAAGUUUGAUUUAAAAAUAAAAGAUGUGAUAACUGUUGUGCACUGAACAGUCACCUGUGUUUGAAAAGAAUUACCUUUUUGUUUAAAUAUUUAAAUUGUUAUUUGUAAUAAACAAGAGAUUCCUAUUUUAGUAAGUAAUGUCAAUUGUUUAUUUUUUAAAUAAACACAUUUUUACAUGA